GUUCAUUAUUUUCAAAUUGUCAUAUACGUCAACAACCUGCAUGUUAACCUGGCCCAUACAUACGUUACACUAUAUCUCCAUGUCUUCUAAAUUUAGAAAUCAUCUGGAUCGCCUUUAACAUUUAUCAAUAAACCCAUCAUAGUCGUUGUUGCUAAUCGUAUUUGGGUUUAUGGAUUAGUUUAUCAUAUUAGCAGCCUAAAAUGCGAACAUAGUUUAGAUAAUAAGAUUAAAAAUUUAGGUACUAUCAACCGCACUAGUAAAAUAACUAAAUCCCUAGGUAGCUGUUGGCUAAACAAACGUUUAAAAUCAAAACUCCGUAGCCUACUAGAAUUAACAUUAAACGAAUAUUUCUGAAUUGAAAUUUAUAAUUAAAUUAGGCGUCUCGGAUUCUUUAACGUUAUAAGUUUCUGAUGAUUUCGAAUCACCUAAAGCAACAAUACCUAUUUUCCCACUGACUAAUCCUCAAUCAACACUAUAACUAGUUAAACAUAAUAGUUUCAGGAUAUCGUCAUAAAGCAUUGUCAUAACUUGACAAUCACGUAAUAUGACUGAUAAAAUUAAUGAAACUAUUAACAAAAUCGGUCAACAAAUUGACUUAUAAUUACCAUUAAAUGGUGUUGUUUUCUUGGUAUCUUCAUCCAUCACAGAUGAUUACAGUAUGUUUCUCUAUCAGUUGCUCAUUCAGUAAAUAUCUCAAAACCUUGUCAGUCUAAUUGAUGGUUUAGCGACACAAUCAUGCAUGCAAAUAAUCAGUAUAAGCAGUCGAGCAAAUCUCCUGCAAACUGAAAACAUCAAUGUCGAAUUUACCCCAACACUGACUAAAGUUCAAGCCAUUAUCAUAGACAUGAGUUGGGAGUGUACUCCCCUUGGUUGCAACUUAUGUACUCCCUCAUAAUCACAUGAGCAUCACUCACUAUUUAAUCAUCUUGUAAAAACUUAUUUAGCUAAAUACAUCUGCAGCACCACAUCACUUCGUAAUAUAACACAGGCCUAACUGAUUUUAAUAACUUAUAACCACUAUACCUUAAUUAAAUCGUAUUCCGCCUUAUGAUAAACUGCAUACUUGCAACUAAUUUGUAUGCCCAAUCAGCCAGCAAGUAUAAAUACAAAUAAAUAGUCUGCCGCAGAUCAGAACAGUGAGUCCAGAGCAUGUCUCUUACGAAUACACUCAUGUAUUUCAAUUUUAUUUUGAUAACCAUUCAUGUGUAUUAGUAGUAUUACUAAAUUCUAUCACGGUCAAGUAAAAAUGAGGUUGAGAAAAUCUCCCCGUAACUAAAUAAACCGUAUCAAACUAACUGGAACACUAGUUGGAAUUCUUCGCCACGGUAUACUUUUGUUCCUUCAGUUAGCCUACUAAUACAGAUGCAAUUGGAAUUCAACUCAUAUGGACAACUUACCGCUAUAAUCGUUAUUUGAUUUCAUAAUUUAAACCAAAACUAAUACCAAUAUUAAUAUUUCUACAAUAUUCAUCACUUUAAUAUUUCUAAACGCAAAAUACUUACUACCUAUACGUUAAGUUAUUAACCAACGGCUAUUAACACGCAUCGUUUUAUUAUUAAUAUUAUUAUUAUUAUUAUUAUUAUUAUUGUAACCCCAUUUUUUAUAGCUCAAAUAAUCUUCACCCAAAUUUUCAUUUCAAGCGUUUUAAGCAUGAAGGCAGAUAUUUUAAAAUUAUUACAUGUAUUUCUCGACCAGAUGCUGCCGCUUUCUUUUUGAUUUAUCUUUCAGCUUACCAAUACCCGGAGGAUUCUUAUUAUCCUUGGUAACCCCCGCGCGCGACGAUCCCAUCCAAUUUGGUAUCGAACCAACAUCACGUUGAUUCUAGUGGGAGACUAGUGUAGUGGCAUUGGACAAUAGCCACACAAUCCACAAAGCUGUGAACACGAGACUACUCAGAAAAUAGAUAUUCAAUAUUUAACGCGGAGAAAUACCUAACGAUGGAGAAGGCGCGAACAAUGAAUUGAAUGGACUGGGUUUGAUCGGAUGGCAUGGCUCGGCCAUGCAGGCGUGGUCCAUCUGAAUGUUACCUUAUAUCUUCUAUUCAUAUUAAAUAUAUUGUUCCUUCUCUAGCCUAACCUUGUUCUACAUCAUGUAUUGGUAAUUGAUACGAUACAGUGAGUUGGCGUAGUCGAUGGUGUAACUUCCACGUAAGAUCUUAUAGAUUAGGUAGUUAUAUCAUGACAAAUCUACAAAUUUAGGAUUAGGUCUAUUAUUAGAGCAGCACUAAUAUCAUAGUAGGCCAUAGUUCUUCAACCCUCGUGCUAUUGAUAGAAGAAACCAGAGAAGUAGCGAAUAGGUCUUUAUUUCGAUCUUCGCGCAGUCACAGUGGAGCGUGGGAUUAUCUGUUCUGACAAACAAAGGCUCUCAACAUUCAAUAUAAGAUAAUAGGGAAUAUAACGCUUAUACAAAAUAAGGAAGUGAAUGAAUACUUGAACAAUACUGUCUUGGCAUAUGCUUGGUUGUUUGGGGUCAACUCUAAACCAACCAACCUAAGCUGUUACAUUAGCUUCCCCCUAGAAUCGACUUCCGUAGGAACGUCGGUUCGAUUAACUUAUCUUUCGGAAACACCUUAGUUCUAUUUCUCAUCCCAAGGGAAAAUUAUCAACUCGCUCACUGUUAGACUUACAAUCAGUGACGACUGACGGUUUCAACGAUAGUCCAUGGGUGUCUCUUCAUUUACUAGCUUGUCAUCUUAUUUUGUAGCAUGUGAUUUUUUCUACAAAUAUCGCUGACGGUUUGCUGCAUGCUUUCAAGAGAAAGUGUGAGAAUGUGGAACAAGAAUAUCUGAGGAAGUGCCGUGAGCGGGCUACCCAACACCAUGUUGGUGAGGUAUGAUUUUUCCAUGCUCAGACCGGCUAUCAGAUGUUUACUCACCUGCCUCUUGAGUCGCCCUCAAGUAAAAGGUUAAGAAGAAGCUACUUCAAAGGUAAUGGUGAAAAUCAAGCAAACCUGAAGAACUGCUCCACUGCCUGGAUAAAAUAAUAAGAUACAAAAUGGAAAUACAUAAAUGUAAUUGAUAAUUGUUCGGUUCCAUGUAAGUGCUUGGCCUCCAGAACGGACUGGUAUUCUGGAAGGAAAUAGACAUAGUGUAGAUAUCUUGUGCACGAAAAACCAUGAAAAGAAAGAAAAUACUCUUUCGUAAUGCAUAUAUGUAGAAGGAUGAACUUGCUAGAAGUUGGACUCUUUGACAAAAUCGAUCAAAAAGGGCAGCGAAUUUUGUACUUGUGGUGAUUAUACUUGCUUUUGGUACUUAUUGCACUAAAAAGCAUUCUUGGUCGACUUUAACUAAGAGUUCUUUGGUUAAAGUUUGAAAUUUUUUGCUACAUUUUGUCCUGAGUACCUGUUUUUAGUCCUUGACUAACACUUGUGUUCACAUUGUUAUCAUUUUUUGUUUUUAAACCUUUUAAAUCGAAUUACAAUGGUUGGUAAGACUCACAAAUGUGGGCAACCAAACUGUUUGUUCCCUGUGGAAGAGGGGAUGCAGUGUGACGUAUGCCAUAAGUGGUUCCACAAAAUGUGCACCCGCUUAAGUCCCACCGCAUACAAAAGAUGCUCGAAGCCUAACUCACAUUGGCUUUGCAUGUUUUGCUGUGCCAACAAGGCAUUACUAAUACAGGAGGCUAUGAGCCUGUUGGCUUUGGCCUGUAAAAGAAGGAUGGCAUAUACGCCGACAACACGGGCACUGACAGCGACGAAUGUGUCAGUGUAGUACCUGCUGUUACGCGACGCCUCAAACAACCGACUCUGACUGACGUAAAAGUGGGGGAGUAGUACCACCUGGUACUGACAUUGUUAAUAAUGCACCUUUAAUGGGAAUCGAAGAUCUGGAUAAAACAGUCACCGUUCCAAAUAGUCCCAGUGUUAUGAGGGAUGAAAAAUGGACUACGGUACGUAGGAAACGAAACGAAAAGAAAAAAGCUGUAAGCAGUACACAGGUAGUUAGUAACUCACUGGUGGACCCAAAUUGUGAGCCACAAAUUGCACUACCAAAAUCUGAAGGUAAGAGUGAAACCCAUCCUGGCGUGACUGAGAAGAAAAAUCUAAUAACAUCGAAUAUUAUUGUGAGCAAAUUGCGGGAGUCAAACGACCCUGAUCCGAAAAUUAGACACGCGCAUGACUUAGAAAAGCUAGGAGAAUACAUUCGUAGUAUUUUACCAGAUAACUCCAAAGGAGUUCAGGUCAAAAAUUGGUAAGAAUAGGCAAGAGGACCGAGGACAAUGUUGAACCCCAUCCAUGCAGACUCCUUAAGGUAAUCCUAGGAUCGGAGAAGCAACGGGAUUUCUUGUUAAGUAGCGCUCGUUGUCACGACAAUUCUGACAUCCGAGUUAGACCUGACAUGUCUCUCGAAGAUAGAAUAAAAGGAAGAAAGCACUAGCUGAACUUGAAACCCGUCGGCAAAACGGCGAGGAAAAUCUCCGACUAGUGGGUUUUCGGAUAGUCAGGUCUUGGAAGCGAAUGCUACCAAGGCCUGUGUGGAUAGGCUGUUCUACUUAGGAGUUUUAUAUGCCAACGCUCGUAGUUUACGAAAUAAGUUCUAUGAACUAGAAGCACUAGUAGACAGGUUAAAGCCACUCAUAGUAGCAGUGACAGAAACUUGGUUAGUCCAUGACUUAGACAUUACUCCAGAAUUAUCCGGAUACCAUUGCAUCAGGAGUGAUAGACAUAGAUGUAGAAAAGGAGGCGGCGUCCUGUUAUAUAUAGCCAAUGGCAUAAAUAUCCGCUCCUCUACUAGCGAAUCCCAUGAUAGCGGCACUUGUGAAGUCAUUAGCUGUAAGUUAGCAAUAGGAUGUAGUACAUUUAUGCUAGGUGUCAUCUAUCGGAGCCCAAUCUGCUUAGCUGAUGACUUUGUUUCAGAGCACAUUCAUCUUUGGAGUGAUAAUACCAGGUGCUUGAUAAUAGGAGACUUUAACGCACCUGAUAUUAGUUGGACUGAUAUGACCACAGAAACUCCUUUGAUAGUAGGUUACUGAUAACAAUAAUGGAGCAUGCACUAGUGCAGCAUGUAUCCCAACCCACACGUUUUGGUGUUAACCAGGGUUCUUCUCUGCUGGAUUUGGUAAUCACUCAUGAGACUGGGGAUAUUGUCGACUUAAAUAUUCUUCCACCGUUAGCAAACAGCGAUCACGCUGUUUUGUCAUUCGCGUUUAGAACUAGGGACAUGUUAUAUGAUCAGGUUACACCGCGCCCAAAUGUAUGGAAAGCUAACAUAUCAGCCAUUCAGGAAUGCGCUGCUAAGACAGAUUGGUUAGUAGAUACUAG